GACUUUGGACAGUAGAGAAAUUUAAAUGAUAACAGACAGGAAAAAAACCAAAACAUUUGAAUGUGGCUAAAAGGGAGGAGUAUCCAGCAGCAUCCCCUCCCUCUCCCAAGUCUGCCCUGCAGGAAGUUUCCCUUCUCUGCUGAGAGUUUUGGAGACACGGCGGGCGUUUGGAUCGUCCAUCUGACGGCAGGAGAUGGCUUGAACAGGGGGAGAUGACCGGACAACCUUGGCCCACUAUUGAAGAAAUAGGUAGCGAUAAUCGGUAUGCUCACAUGAAGCCGUUAUUUUACACCAUCUCCGACUUGGCCAGUUGCUGAGUUGUGUGCUAAAACCCCCUCAACACUGCACAUCAUGGCAAACGUAAAAGUUGCGAUUCGAGUCCGUCCUCUUAACGCGAGGGAGAGUGCAGAUGGAGGAAAGCUAGCUGUUCAGGUGGAGGAGAAGUUUGUGAGGAUCCGAAAUGUGAAGUUGGAUGGACGGACAGAAGGAGCUGUAGAUUCCAGGGAGAAGCUUCUGGAGUUUUGUUUUGACUACUGCUACUGGUCGGUGGACCCUGCAGACCAUCACUAUGCCUCGCAAGAGGAGGUGUUCCAGGACCUGGGUGUGUCGGUGCUGUCUGGAGCGUCUGAGGGCUACAAUGUGUGCCUGUUUGCUUAUGGCCAAACAGGAUCUGGAAAGACGUACACCAUGAUGGGGACACCGGACUCCAUGGGCUUGACUCCUCGCAUUUGUCGGGGUCUCUUUCAGUCUGAAGACACUUUUCCAGAUGGGCAGAACUCAAGCAGAGUGGAGAUCAGCUUCUUGGAGAUCUAUAACGAGCGUGUGAGAGAUCUGCUGAAGGGAGGAGAGCAGAAGAAGAGAGCCUCGCUGAGAGUUAGAGAACAUCCUGAGAAAGGACCCUAUGUACAAGACCUGUCACAACAUGUGGUCUCAGACUGCAAACAGGCCAUAGACCUUCUGGAGGAAGGCAUCGCCAACCGCAUCACCGCAGCAACCCACAACCAUGACGCCAGCAGCAGAUCCCAUGCCAUCUUUACGAUUCAGUACACGCAGGCUAUACUAGAAAACAACCUUCCUUCAGAAACUGUCAGCAGGAUUAACCUGGUGGACUUGGCUGGGAGUGAGAGAGCAGAUCCCCACUACUGCAGGGAUAGACUGACAGAGGGCUCCAACAUCAACAAGUCACUGGUUACUUUGGGCAUUGUCAUUUCUGCCCUUGCUCAGAACUCCCAAAUGUCAAGCAGCUGCCAGAGUAUCAACAGCGUGGCCUCUGAGGGCGAUGGCAGCACAGUGGGUAGCCACAGCAGCUCACUGUCUGGAGGUGGAGGUGGGAGGAGGCACUGCUUCAUUCCCUACAGAGACUCAGUCCUGACCUGGCUUUUGAAAGACAGUCUGGGUGGAAACUCCAAGACCAUUAUGAUUGCAACGGUCUCACCCUCCGCCAGCAGUUAUAACGAGACCCUGAGCACCCUGCGCUAUGCUGCCCAUGCCAGAAAUAUUGUCAACAAGCCACGGGUUAAUGAGGAUGCGAAUGUUCGCCUGAUCAGGGAACUGAGAGAGGAGAUUGACAGGCUGAAGAGCAUGCUGCUCAGCUUUGAAAUGCAACGUAAUCCCAGUCCAUCCUUGAGUGACGAAAGGGAUGGAAAUCUUUCUGAAAUCGUGCUGCAGAACGAGCUAAAGGUGGAGCAGUUGACAAAGGACUGGUCGGAGAGCUGGAGAGACAAGAAGGAGCUGCUGGAGCAGUACAGUGUGGACAUCAACAGAGACCGGGCUGGUUUCCUCAUCAACUCCCUCCAGCCACACCUUGUUGCCCUUGAUAGAGAUGUUCUCAGCACUGGUGUUGUCUUUUAUCACCUCAGGGAAGGAGUUACCCGCAUUGGACCUCAGGACCAAUUUGAAGAACCACAAAUAGUCUUGCAGGGCAGUGCCUGCUGUGAGAUUGAAAACCGCGGGGGUGUGGUGACGCUCAGACCAGUGCCGGGCUGCGUCUCCCUGCUCAACGACAGAGAGGUCACGGAGCCCUGCAGACUAGCUCAAGGGACGGUGAUUACUUUGGGAGGAGUGCAUAAGUUCCGCUUCAACCACCCGGCAGAGGCAGCUGUCCUUCGGGAACGCAGGCGGGCCAGCGAAGGUGGCAUGACUUGCACCUACACAGAUCUUUGCCUCUUGCCCCCUGAUAACAGUGUCAAAGAAGUGAAUCUCCCGCAGCAGGUGGGUGCAUUCUUCUCUCCCAGUGAGGAAACUUCUGCCAGGCAGCGUGUAGAGGAGCAGAAACGCUAUGUGGAGAAUUUGCGUCAGGAGAUUCAGGCUGAACAAAGACGGGCAGAGAGAGAGCUAGAAAGGGAGCAGGCCUACCUCCAACAGCAGCACACUGAGAUCAAGCAGUGGAUUUUGAAGGAGAAACAUCACCUGACAACUGUUGAGCAGAGGAUCACCCAAGAGUCUGGAGUUCAAGCAGACCUCCUCCCUGCACCCCUCCUGGAGAGGUUAACAGGUCAUGUGUUCAGGGAUCAGAACGAUGUUUCAGUGGAUUGUCCAUCCCAGGUGGUAAGAGCCAGGAAGAAUGCAGUGCAGGAUGAACUACUAAAGCAUCACGCUCUUUGCCGGGCCGAAAACCGCAUCCGUCGCAAAAGGCUGCGUUACCAGCUGGAGAGAAUAGCCAGCAAGCGGCAUCUAUUGGAAGCUAAGAAAGAGUUACAGCAGCUGGAAAAGACUCUGCCUCCAGGACCAGACAGCCCAGAAUCUCCUGAGGCUGGAUCACCCUCAAAGGUCAAAGGACGACCACUUGAUUCUCGUAGACACUCAUUUUCAGCUGAUCUUUUGUCCCGACUCUACCCACAGCACACACCUGUCUUCAGACACUUCCUCAAGAGAAACAGAUCCACAGAACUGACCUUAAAUUCACCCACAACAUCUGAUUCUACUGGUAGCAGGAAGUGGGUUUCGGAUGAGUGUCUUCCCCGGGAAAGGACCCAAAGCUGUUCUGGUUCUAUCUUCUCAGAGCAAAAUCACUCCUGUCGGAACAAAGUAAGCUCCUCUGAAAACAUCACACAGACUGCCAGAGAGGAACCACAAGCCCAGCUCUGCCGGGAACGGCCAGAAAGAAAACCUCUGCUUCCAAACCGAGACCUAUCUUUUAAGAACAGAUCAGACCAGAAAUCAACGGGUACACAGAAGUUGCCUCUUGGAAGUAGUUCGCUGCGAGUCAGCAAAGAAAAAUUUCAGGGAACCUUAACAGACAAACCUAGUUCUGAGAAUGGCCCUGUUAUGCAUGUGAAAACAUCUUGCCAUGCAGAUAAGAGCAGAUUAGAAACCAUCAGCAAAUCGUUUUCUCGUUCUGUGGGGCCCAGGAUAAAAAGAGCUCUGUCCAAAGUGUUCAGAAAACCUCCCCCAGGUGUGAAUAGACAAGUCCCCAAGCCUCUUGGAAAGAUUGCAAGUAAAUUUCACUGGAGACAAAGAAGAGAUAAGAGCCUUAAAGACACCAAAAUGAGUCAAAGGAAAUGUGCCAUUAAAAAUACAGUCUCGUGUGAGGAGCUUGACCAAAGGACUCUGUUCGAGAACAUCAGACAAAGGCGGUGGCAUAGCACUGAGGCGCUGAUGAGCAAGACUAGUAGAUGGAUGGAUGGGCAGCAGGGACUGGUUGGUUGGGAGGAAGAGCCAGAAGUCUGGGAUAAUGGAACAUCAGACUGUGAGAGCCUUUUCUCUCUUGAUUCACUGUCCUCCGCUUAUGCCACAGCUCUAGCAGAGCAGCUGAGACACGAGGAUGCGGCUCAAAGCGAAGCGGAGAGUGAAGACAGUCAAAUGUCUAAAGAUUCAUUGACUUUGGAGAGCAGUAGCAAAUUCUCAACAGUGCAGAGAUUUAACCAGACGGUGGUACCAACUUAUUCGCUGGUGACAGACUCCACUGAUUCUUCCAUGCUGCACAAUAAGACAGCAGAGACCAGUUUAGAAUGGGACAGCUGUCAAAAAACUCUAGUAAUCCCAACAGAGGCAUAUUGGAGCCAACAAGGCUCCCCAAAGACAAGACAAAUUGAUACAACAAUGAAGCCUCCUUCUCAAAGUUCAUUAGUAGCAGAUUUCAGAGACACUGAACAUAAAUUGACUCAGGACUUUGGGAAUGCACAGACCACUUUAACCAGCAGCCCACGCUCUCUGAGCAGCUGCAGUGUGAGGGAGCCAGAAAACCUGUUGGUGCUCACUGAUGCCUGGUCCUCCACUGAUGCAGCAGAGAGUCCCAGGAUGCACAGGGAUUCUCUACCUUUACACAGAAAAAUUGUGUUCGGACAUGUAGAGAACAGCAGCAGUAGUCCCAGUCCAACUAGUAUGAAUCUGUCAGACUCUCAGGUUGGAUCUAGAAGCCAUAGUUCUACAUCCACUAGCACUGAGGGUGUAGACAUAAAAGUGCAGGAGCACAGCCUUGAAGUUUUGGGGGAUUCUCAGGCGCUAGCAACACCAAAAGAUAACCUGAUGUCUGAUAAUCAGAAGGACGUAGGAUGUCAUGCAGAGUGUUUAGGACAGCCCCUAAAAAUGAGAGAACCCAUUAUUAUAGGUACUCCAGACUCCUGCUACAAUCAGCAUCCAGCAUCCUUGCCAAAGUUGGAUCAAAUGGAGACUGAGAUUCCCCACACCACACAAGCAACAUCAAAUUUGCUUCAGGAGAUUGAAGAUUCUCCCACUAUGAUGUCUGACAUUUCAAUGCCCUCUGACACCGAAAUGCGCAGCUUUUCUCAAUCAGUAUCGCAUUUCUGCACAAAUCCUUCCAACCAACAUGAAAAACUGGCUGCGGUGCCUGGAGCUGGAAGUCCCUUCAAACCUGCCACUGAAACGGACGCAGUAUGCAGUCUAGAUGGUGGAACAGAAAAGCUGAGAGAUUUCCAGCAGUGUAAGUUUAGGAAUACUGAAGAUAAAUUGCUUAUAAGUGAUGAAAUCCAAGACACUGAACAGGCCACUUCACUACAGGAGGAAGUUGUUAAAUCAGCUUGUAAAUAUUCCAGGAAGAGGAACAAAGACAAAGAAGAUGGUUUUAUAGGCAGCUUGAAAAUUCCAAAUAUACGGGACAGCAGGGAGUUGGCAAGUUUCUGCUACGCAUCAGAUGACAGUCAUAAGAAGAUUUGCCCUGAUGACAAUAAUAACACCAGUGACUCUAAAGAAGAAGAACCUGCAGCAGAAACUAGCAGCAGAGCAUUUGAUUGUGUUUGUGUUGUUGGCAGCAUUACACAAGUUACAAUGUCUUCAGUUGCGCUGCCAGUAUCUGAUUGCAUCAGUGGGAAACUUGAACCAAAUUGUCAGAUAUUUGAGGACACUCAGUUUGGGGAGCAGAGUCGUGACAAAGAUUCACAGAACAGUUUUUCUUCAGAAGAUAAUAUGGUAGUCCAAAAGGGAGGUGUAGCACCAAAGGAACAAUUUGCAGAAGCAGAAAGGAGAGAAUAUCAGGUGAAUAACCUCAGAAAACAUAAAGAAAGAAGAGAACACAUAUGCAAGUCAGAAGCUAUUUGCAGCGCUAUUGAUCUGAGAAUUGCAGAAGUGGUGAAAGAGCACGUGAAUUUGUCAUUGAUGGAUAGUGAUGGUGCCAGGAAGAGCAUGAGUCAGAGUUUGAAUGCCUUAUCAUCACCUGCAAGUCAUUUAAGCUCAAACCGUGAUGAACGCAGAUGGACAGAAAAACAUCUUCAAGAUGAAAGGGGUAAUCACGUAGAAGAAGGAACAAACCCGAACAGACGUCCUACUCUGGAAACAGCGGAUGAAAGCGAGCACCUGGCUUCAGAUAUGCCAGCAGAACUGGGGACUAACCAUGGCAGCAGCAUGCUUGAAUGUGCUGAAGUGACGCAAAAGAUUGACAAUGCUCAUAACCUCUCUGAUGGAACAUUAAACAAGCACGUUUUCAGCAAUUGUGUUUUCCAAAACUCAUUUCCAAAUAUCCACUCAAGUCUGCCUCUUUGCAGCCAUGCAGGGUGUGAGCACUCUGGCAACCCUUUCUCACUAAGUGAUGCCUUUUCAGCAAGAAAUGAAAUGAAUGAUGCAGGCAAACAUGAAAUAAUAACAAAUCUUUGUCCAGCUAUCACUGAUAUUUGCUCAAAAAAAGUGGACAGCCAGACAGAUGCUCCAGCUUUGAAUGCUAAGCAGGCAUACCCGCAACCUAACCAAUUAAGCCCUGAGACACUUUUCGCCACUGGCUGCAUGAAAGUGAAUUUUAGCUGUAAUGCUCUGGGGAACGCUGGUUUGGAAGUCUCAUGUAAUGUUGGCCAUAAAAAUAAUUAUUCACCCAAACCAAACUCAUCAGAGAUGAUUCAACAAAAUUUCCAAAACAGUCCUGAAAUAUCUGGAGCCAUGAAGUCGUUAGCUGGUGGAGGAUUACAUCAGUUCAAGCCGGACAGAAGCCACGGCAACCAGAACGCACCCACUGAUGAGAAUGUCUGCUUGGAAGGAUCUGCUGGCCCUGAUAGAAAUGUUGAAGGAGACACCACAACAGGAGGCAAACCUCCUGUCACAGCACAGGAAGAGUUCAGCUGUCGACAGACUGAUUCUGAUAACUUGGCUCAGAGUAGCUGCAACAAUAAAUCCCAAAACGUAUCUGAGUCACUUUCCAAAUUUAAUGGAAAUACUGAAAUCAAUAGCAGCGAAGAUUGUAUAAUGAAAAAUGACAAAGAGACUUGGACCCAUCCAUUCGUGCCACAGGAUCAAGUAGUCAUGGCAGAGUCAAAAUCUAAAAUGCCACAGGAAAACUUCGUCGGAAAUAGAAGAUGUUUCGGAUCUGUAGUGUCCAAAGAGCCCAAGAACAGCACAGCUGGUGGCAUGCUGGGUAAUUCUUCUCUUAUCCCACAAAAAGGCAAAACUAAGCGCUUCAGAAAGUCUCACAUCAAGACUUGUCCCACAUCUUCCUCUGACUCCUCUCUUAAGUCAUCAGAUGAGGAUGAGGAGGAUAACAAAACCGCUAGGAUGCAUCACAGCAGGCUGGCAUCUAAAUGGGUUAAGCUUGACACUCAGAAUAAUGGCAAACCUGAAGUCCGACAGGCAAGAAGUAGCAACGUAGGAGUGUCGACUUUAGUGUCAGCAAACAAAUUGAAAAUGAAGACAUCUUCUAAUGGCAAUCCUGGCAAAAGUGAGGUUAAUUUUAGCAAAGGUUACACCCAAAAAAAUCAUUCCUUACCUCUUCAGCCAGUGUCACAGAAUAUGAAAAAAAUCAGCCCGUAUGCAAACAGAAAGGAACCACAGUGGGCACGAAAGUCUCAAGAUUCCCCUAUUCAUUUUGAAUCCAGUGACAUCAACCCCUUUGUUCACCAGUGGCAAGAUGAUGGCUCAAGCCAACAUUGCUAUAAGAACCCAGUGUUUGGAAGUGCUGCUGACCUAGCCAGUAAAUCACCACUUUUAAACAGCUGUGAAAAACGUAUAACAAGGUGCUGCAGCGUUGAUAAUGGUCUGAAUGGGCAGAACUCUCCUUUUAAUUCUCAUCUUAGCACAUAUGCCACAAGCAAGGGGCUCUCUAGCACUCUAAGCAGUAUGGAGGAUUAUAAAGAACAAGCGCCUAAAACAUCUCAGGUUACACCCUGUCAACUGGCAUUUGCGAAUAUCUGCAGUUGCCCUGCUAAUCUGACAGCAGACAGCAGUUCUUCAGUGAGCAAUGUUCCAGGUGAUCCUGGUGAUGUUUCCAGUCGAGCGGAUGAAAUCAUGUUCGUUUACUCGUCUGAGCAAGAGUCCCAAGCGAGCAAAACAAACGCACAAAGGAGGACACGUGAACACAGUACUCAGACUGAGCAUGAGCUUCAGAUGCAGGGUUAUGGUAAGAACUGUAGUUCUCUGAAGAGGAAAGAUCGUCACAAAAGGAGCAACACUGAUGUCGUUGCGGCACAGAAAAACAAAGUGGAUAUCAAAGAAUGUCCAACGUGGGCCAGUAUGGAAACCAUGUCAGCUCACAUUUCCAAGUUAAUCGACAGCACCUCAGACCUACUGGAGGAUGUCCAGGGAAUGAGGACAGGUGAAGUUCGCAAGUCUAGUUCAAGGAGUAUUAACUUCUUAGAUCGUAUCACGUCUUACACUGAGUCUAAUGGCGGCACUAAGAGAGACUGCUCAACUCAGACAGCUGCAGAUGUUGGGAUCCAGACUGACAGGCUUGUAGCUCCAGCGGAGAAGGAAGCUGCUGUUCUUCAGUCACUCAGUGAAAAGUCUAAACCUCAUGAAGUCAAUGUGAUAGUCAGAGUGAUUGGUUCUGAGGCUGUCCGUGUCUCUCAAGACAAAAAUGUGCACUGUGUGGUAAAAACAAAAGCUAACACAGUUGAAAAGAUGCAGAGUAUGCCUGACCUGAGGGUUAACACCUCUGCUUCCUCGCAGUCUGCGAAUGACCCUCUCAAAAAACCUUGUGUAAAGGCGGCGGCUGACUGUCAAAGACGUGUAAGAUCUGCUACCUCUCGAGUCUCAAAGCCAAGCACAUCUGAAGCACUGGGCCGCAGAAGUACUGCAGUACCCGAAAUCAGGUCAUCAAAAAUCUACUACAGAGAAAAUCACAGCCCUUCAUUAACACACCACACAUCUACUCAUUCAAAGAAAAAGGCCACCUAUACAGACCGUGCAUCAUCUCCUAUUCUUACAGUGGGAGCAAGAUUACGUACGAGGCAUAAAGGAAAGCAGGCAAUAACAUGUCCUGCUAAAUGUAAUGAGGUUGUUAGCCUUACCAUUCCUUCUGUUUCUGAUGACAAUCAGAUGUCCUUACAGGCUUGUGAUUCAUCCUCUGACAAAUUAGAAUCAGUUUCACUUGAGAAAGUGAGUGAAAGUAGUUGCACGAGCGCUAAACGAUCAGAUAAGUGCUGUUCGAGCCUAAAUCCAUCACUGGAAACGUAUGCAGAUGCUGAUGGGAGAAAUGUGAACUACCAAGACAAGGUCAACAACAACCCCAAUUCCAAAUGGGUGGUGGCAUCCCCACAGUGGACAUCUUCUUCAGCUAAUGGUUUCAUUUUGCAAAGCCACAUUUCUCCCAGAUUAAAACAUACUGAUAUGCACAAAGAGCAGGCAUCAAACUUUAGAAGACUUGUAUCUAAUUCUGGGGGUUUUAAUGUUGAUAACUACAGUCUGUCACCAUUCAGCUCCAAGACUGAUCAACCACAAGGGGAUGAUGUGAUGUCACUGGUGCCCAGUGAGUGCAACACGGAUGUUCUUGUGAACACUGAGCCUAUUGCGGAUGUGCUUCCUUGUCGAAAUAAUCAGAGAGUUCCAGAGGACCUGCCCAUGCACAACAAGUUCACCAACUGGUCAGGGGUCAAUCAUCAGCAGUCAAAAUGCUCAAACAAACUGAUCACAUUUCUUACCAGUGACCACAACAAGCGCAGAGACUGCGCUGAAUGGGGUGAAGUGGAAAGCUUCGGCUCAAAUGCGGAGUCGGUGGCGCAGAGCGACAGGAGGGCAAAGGAGAUAGUGAAGCUGCGACAGGAGAGAGAGCAGGUGAUGGCGACGGUCAGCCUUAACAUGAACCCGACACCGCUGACUGUUGAGCUAACAGAGGCCAAGCUCCAUUACGGGCUAGGAGAAACAGACGCACUGCUAAAGAUGCUGUCCCCGAGGUCCAAAGAAGAGAUCGCAACACCAGCUUCUGCUUCCACAAAACAGCAGCUGUAUGAUCUGCACCGCAGGAGUAUUGAGGGUUUGAGGCAGGAGAGGGAGGAACGCCUUCAGACUUACCGCAGAACUCGUAGCUUGAGUCCGAGCAAACACCCUCACUCUCGUCCUCAGGAGCUUGAAUCUGCUGCCAUGCCCAGUCGGCGCAAGGAGCAUCUUCAAAGGCUCUGCCAAGAAGUGAUAGAAAGCACAAGGAUGCCAGAUCCUCCAAGAGAAGAAAGUCAGUGUCCAUCUGACAUUGAGCAGCUGUUGCGUGACUAUGGUCGAGCUCGGGAAGAAGCCAGGACAGAGAUCGCAAAGGCACGAGAGCGACUGCGAGAACGGACUGAACUGGAGAAGAGGAGGCUACAGCAGCAGGCCCUGUCUCAGGAAGACAAGGAUGACUUGAAGCAUCGGACACGGAUUAGCAACAGUACUUUGUGCACCGGAUCCAAUCUGAGUCUUUCCUCUGGACCAACGUCAGGGUACAACAGUGGCAACACCAGCCAACUACAGCAGGGAAACGGACCAGUUCAAACAGGACAGAUCACAAGGAAUGAAGGGCUGAAGGUUGGGACACGUCCUCCUCUAUGUGCGCCGCAGAGUGUGAAGACACAGAGAGGGUGGCUGUCAGCCCGAGAUGUCAAGCAGAGUGGGUUUGAACCUCUGAUGACUUCAUCUCCAGCCUGUACACGUCAACGCACAGCAUCCGUUGGCUCCUCGUCUUCCAUAUCGACAACUUAUCAGGACAUCACAUUCAGUCUUCUCGGUCGAGCUCUGGCUGAGGUUCGACUAGCGGCCUCAGGGGAUUUUGGCAGCCUGGUGAUGGGCAAAGCCACAGCAGGAUGGAGUUACCAAGGAGAAGAACGGGGAAUUCAGUCAUACUACAAACCCUCUUCCAGCCCAUCUCUUCAUGGCUUCCUGGGGGUUGGGGAGCUGGACAGACCCCUGGACAGCCUGUGGAACCUAAUCUCCCAGCUGUCCAAGUGCCACAUGUACAAUCAGUCAGUUCGUUCAGUAUGGACACGACCACUAGAUGACAGCACUCAGCUUGUUUACAUUCUGACAGAUCCGUCCACCUGUCACCUCAGCCAGCCGCGAGACUUCUGCUGCAUCAGCACGCAGUCCAAACAGGGUGGCCUGCGUGUGCUGGCAAUGCAAUCUGUGUUUGAGGAGUCUCUCCCUCGUCCCAGUGUGGAUGCCAUCCGCGGGGAGAUGUUACCCAGUUGCUGGAUCCUGCAACCAGUCAUACAUAAUGAAAAGAAAGUAACAAGAGUCAUCUACCUGCUACAGCUGGACCUAGGAACUCCGUCUUUUCCUCACCGUCUCCUGAACACUGUUGCCAGACGACAGGCAGCCGUCAUCGCUGAUCUUGACGUUUUCCUUUCUUCAUGAAACCCACAAGACACACGGAAGACGCAUUAGCAGCAAGCACUUAGACCGUCUCCAUCACGGAGUUGGUCUGUCUUUUGAAUUUGCACCUGAAAUGUUAUUUACUUGAUUAUUUUUUUGUUAUUUUAAGGGCACUGUUUUUUUUUAUAUCCAGACAGAAAAUUAAAGCAGCUUUUUUUGUUGUUGUUGUUGUUUUGUUUUUAAAUGAAGGUAUUUUUGUAAAAUAUUGGUGUUUUUUAUAUUUGUAGAUGCACAUGAAUACUUUCAAAACUGUUUUACCAAAGAUUAGAUGUUGUGAAUGACUUGGCAUUACAACUGUUGCCUUUUCCUUUUAGGUGCUUUUAGGUUGAGACCACUUAAGUUUCCUCUCCAAAUCCUAUAUUACCCUGAUAAGUAGCAGACAUUUACCUCCUCUGUUAUAUUUUCUCCUGGGUUUACUUUAUCUGUUACACGUUGACUUAUGGAUACAAACAGUUCUGUUGAUGUUUUAAAUCCACCAAUGCACACUUUCUAGUGCUUCCUUGUACACGCACAAUACAAAAAAAUACCCCCAAAAUAAUUUAGUGAUAGAAAAAACAAACUGUUUUUAGUUUUUUUCCUGCUGCAUUUGCGUGCCUGCAGCAUUUCCUCACACACUCAGUGAGAUUAAUUCAGCAGAAUGCGAAUUUGAAAUGUUUCAUAGCAAUUCUUUGGCAAAAAUGGAAAAAGAAGAUAUGUAAGCUUUAUAUUAUACAGUAGCACCAUGUAGGCAAACGUGGAGGAAUGGUAAGGAGUUGUUUUGUAGCUGCAAAUGUUAAUUAACUCUCUUAAAAAGUUCUGUAGCCAAACAAGGAAGAGGAAAGUUGGAAACCUUUUGGAUAUAACAACUUUCAAGGGCAAGAGGGCACAUCAGUUUUGAACCAGAACAUGCUGGUCCGUGCCCUCAUGUCAAGCAUGCAACCUGCUGAUUUAAAUAUAGAAAGUUUUAACCAAGUGUUAAGCUCUCAUAAGUUUUGGUACCCUGAAUCUGCAUGAGAAGAGUUUUUUUUAAGGGUUUUUGUUCCCGCUCGUUUCUGAAGCUUGUUAUUUAUUUUGUUCCUCCUGCCUUCAGUUUGAAAUGCUGUUGAAUGUGUUUUAUAGUUGUUUUUUGUCCGCAGUGCUGUCUUUUCAGCUCCUUGCACAAACCUUUUUAUAUGUUUAGUAAAACUCAAUAGGAUUGUGAAGUGGUUCUUGUUGUUUUAAUGUGUACAGUGUUUAAACUAAGCUGAGAUGAGGCAGCACUGCUCUCAGUCAAAGCCGGGUCUCGUGUAUCUGGAUAUGAAGCCAUAUUAUUUGGAGUCAUCUCAAGUUUGGCUCUGCAGCCGCAGCGCUGCGUUCAACUGAACAUAGUCCCUGAGGCACCAAAGAAAAAGAGACAAGUGAAGGAAUGCAGUAACAGCUGUAUGGAAGGUUGUUCCUGCCACUGAAAAAAAGCAAAUAAAAUAAAACAAAAUUUUGAGUUGGGUAUCUCAAAAUGUCAACUUAGUGACUCAAUCUUCUGAGUAAAUCAAAGUUUUUAGAUACCUAACUUGAAGUUUUUGACUUAUGGAUGGCAAAAAUGGCAAAAAACAAACUUCCAUACAUCUUAUUGUACUAAUGCCUUUUAUGCAUAUUUUUCAUUGUGUUAAAAAAAAUCUAUUUAUCUUUUUCUAAUUUUGUUAUAUGUGUAUUUUAUUAUAA